CUCUUUCUUUAUUGGGCUCUACUCUGGAAACCUGCAGCCGCCUCCUCCUCUGCGCGCAAAUACCAGGAUCAGUUGGAGCUUUACGCGCGGCUGUCCUGUGAACAUUUCCCAACUUCUCCACCGAGGAGGAACACGCAGAGAUGUUCCCACUGCCGAUGUUCACCCCGGACCAAGUGGCUCGUGUGUGCGAGAACUUGGAGGAGACCGGGGACAUCGAGCGCCUCGGCAGGUUCCUCUGGUCCCUGCCCGCCGCCGUCCCUGGCUCCGCCGGGGAGGCGCUCAACCGACACGAGUCCGUGAUGCGAGCCAGAGCGCUGGUCGCCUUCCACGGUGGGAACUUUGACGCCCUUUACCAGAUCCUCCAGAGCCACAGGUUUACGCGCGAGUCGCACGCCAAGCUUCAGGACCUGUGGCUGGACGCGCACUACCGAGAGGCGGAGAGGCUCCGAGGGCGGCCGCUGGGCCCCGUGGAGAAGUACCGCAUCCGCAAGAAGUUCCCCCUGCCCCGCACCAUCUGGGACGGCGAGCAGAAGACGCAUUGUUUUAAGGAACGGACUCGCAGUCUGUUGAGAGAGUGGUACCUCCAAGACCCGUACCCCAACCCAUCCAGGAAACGCCACUUGGCCCAGGCAACGGGACUCACGCCCACGCAGGUCGGCAACUGGUUCAAGAACCGUCGGCAAAGAGACAGAGCUGCGUCCGCAAAGAACAGACUGCAGCAGGAUCCUUCCCUCCUGCCCUCUCAGAGCUCACCCGACGGCUCCCACCAGGAGCGCCGCCAUCAUCCACACUUGUUGCCAACCUCCCCUCGCCACCUGGGCAGCCCAGAGGCCAGCGACUGUAGCACGGAGAACGAGCGCAGAGGAACGGGAGCAUCCACACCGGACAUCUCUGUCAGCAGCGACAGCGAGUUCGAAUCUUGAGACGACGGCGGAUUCUUUUCAAGGACGAACUCUCUAUCCUAACGUUAUGUCAGACUGUCAGACAUAUUGUACAAGACACUUGAACUGUCGGCGGCUUUGGACGCGCUGGAGGUGUUCUCAGUGGGAGAAGGGCGAAGAUGAGGCCACUCGAUGUGGCUGUGAGUGGACAUUUUCAGGGAAAACAACAUGCACUUAUAAAAGCACCAUGGCACAUGACCUCUGACUGUUAUAUGAAUUAGUUUACAGCUGACUCAGCACUGUUGAUAGGCAGAUAUAGAACGGGUACAUAAACAACAGUAUUUUCCAACGCUCAGAGUAUUUAUAGAAAUAAUGCCAAUGGUCUUUAGAUAAUGUGAAUUAUAUUUGAAGUUUUGAUACUUUUUUUCAGUGAAUAUUUUGGGAUAGAUCAUUUUCUAAUAGUUAUUAUUAUCUAAAUUACAUAAUUCACUUGUAUGGAAACUGUGAGGACACAACGAACAAUGCCUUGAGUAGGCUAUUAAUAUAUGUAACUGUAUUUACAUGCACGUUAAUGACUAAGUCACAUAAACAAUUGAAUUGAUUUAUUUUAAACACAAAUUAAAAAAAUCAAGUAAGUGUGUGAGUGGUGGUGUUGAAGAAGCAAAUUAACAUGAACAUAUCGGAGUAAAGGUCCAAAAUCCACCAAUUUAAUGUAAAAAAAAAAAACAUGUAAAGGGUUAAAAAAUGUUGUAAUUUAGUAAUCAGGUUAUAAUGUGCAUGUAAAAAUAGUGGCUGACCAAUUAAAGUCAUUUCACUGCCUUAAAAGGAAACUAAAGGCAUCACUCUUUUACGGUGCAAACAUAUAAUAAUAACAUAGACAGAUGUUUAAUGAUGCGCAUGUGCUGCUACAACACGACUGUGUUUUACCUUCACG